AUGAGGACUAGUUACUUCGAGCCAUUCCUCGAAUGCAACAUUAGUACUAUGGAAUGGGUAUUUCUGAUCCCAUCUGGUGAUUUAAAUAAAAAGAUCACCGGCUCGCAGUACGUGAUCCUCAUCAUGUUUCAAGCUCUUGAAGUAUUCACAUUAUGUUUAAUGCAAUGUGUUUUGGAUAGUUUUUACGUUAACGUUACGCUACAUCUCACUGGUCAGUUAAAAAUUCUUAAAGCGAAAUUCAGAACAUUUGCAAGCAAGCCGGAUACCAUGGUAAAUAAUCGGAAGCAUUUGUCCCGAUUGAUUGAAAGGCACUGCAAAUUAGCGGAACUCAACCAAAACAUAGAAGAUACUUUCCAUCUGAUUAUACUAUUCCAACUAGUCAUAAUAACGCUUCUGCUCGCAUUGCUGGGUACUGUAUGGCAAAUUUUAGGAUUGAGGUCGGGAGACCGUGGAGGCCAUUCAACUAGUCCCAAUAGCUCUACCUAUCCAUCUAUCGGGGUGUAUGUCAGAUUACGUAUAAUAUUCUGUUUACAAAAUAACGAUUACAUUGAACUAGCGAAAAGUGUUCUAGUCUUGAACUUCAUGUUUAUGGAAUCGCUAGUAUACUGCUACGGCGGUGACUUUAUACAGAGAGAAAGCGACGAUAUAUUCCGUGCAAUGUUCAUGACUUCUUGGUUCACGCUUCCUGCCGCGUUGAUGAAGGAUCUGCACUUUGCGAUGAUGAGAUCAAGCUACCCAUUUCGUCUCACCGGCGGAAAAUUUUUCUACGUUAAUCGCGAAACGAUAAUAUACGUUCUCAAAACGGCAGCUUCGUAUAUCUCGGUUUUGCGAGUGGCACUCAGAGAUUAA